AUGGAUCAGGCUCUUCAUUCCUUGGACAAUGACGUUAAGCCUCGCGUCAUGCAGACGUCACCUUUUCGACCUCCACUUGCCGAACUGCCUCUGGUGAACCACGCCCCCGAGGCCGCUCCUACCUCUACCGGACUGGGUUCUAUCGGUGUCCCGCGGAAAAUUGAGCAAACUACUAACCUCUUCGCGGCAGCCAUAAGCCCUCCUGGUGCACGCCCACGGCCCUGCUCUCCGGUCUACUCUGGUGGCGAUACAAUCCUUGGUGACGGUGGUGUUCAAAUCUUUAAGGCAGAGGAGUCCCACAGCUCUUCCGUGAACGCUGAUGGCUGCAGUGUCCAGAAGAACCUCGUUUCCGUGAACUUUUCCAAAUGGCGUUUCAAGUCUUCCAGGAGCUCCCUCUAA